AUGUGGUUCUUGCUCACUCUUGCAACCUUCAACGUUUGGGGUCUGUAUUACCCUGUGCCUGGGCUCAUUAACCCCAGCCAGAGCAUCAUGGCGAGAGCCAGGGGCGCCUUCGGGGCAACGUGCGUGGCAGCGUCCCUCAGUACUAUGACGAAAGAAAUCUAUAUUGCAAGCCAUCAAGACGCAAGCUCCGUUGGCACUGCGGUUGGAUUUCCUAGAGUCGAGUCACUGAGUGUGAUUUACGAGUGGAAUCCGGAGGAUGAUUUCCGCUGCUGGGAGUGGGAGAAGCCGGUCCCUGAGGUGUCAGUCCCUGAGCAAUCUUCCAUUCCCCCCUCAGACCCCCCUUCCAUCCAUCCUCCCUCGUCGAUUGGAAUCACCCUAGCGGCUAGCUGUGCUCUUCUGAACUUCAUUGGCCGUCAACGGCGUCCAUCCCCCUACUCAGAACGUUCCACGACGAAGACUGAGUCGGCCGAUGAGAGUAAAGAAGGGACAUCCUCAAGCCCUGUGCUUUUCCAGGAGCCCAAAGGUACAGAGGUUGCUAGGGAACCUUCGACGCUGCCUGGGGAGUCACACUCUGAGGUUAGUCCUUCGUCUCCCCAUUUAGCCGGACAGCAAACUGAUACAGAGCAGGUGAACCCGGAGGGAACAGUCGCCCCGGAGUCUGAAAGUGAAGAGGUUGCUAGGAAUCUUUUGUAUUCCUACCUCGCCGGGCCGUUUUCCUACCUGGACGGGAUGCGACCCGACACUGAACAGACGGAUCCGGAGGAGACGAGCACCGCGGACCCUGAGGACCCCCCGGCCACGCUUGCGGACUCGGACUCUGAGGUGAACCCGGAGGAUGCAGCUGCCACGGAACUCAAAGGCGAAGGCGAAGAGGUUGCUACGGAACCUUUAAUUUUGCCUGCAAAAUUUCAGUCUAAGGCUGAUCUUUUGUUCGCCUACGUGGCCGGGAAAGUGCCCUAUAAUCUCCCGCUGUAUCCGGAGGAUAUGCCCCUCAUGGAUUUCGAGAACCCCCCAAGGACGCCCGCAGCUUCGUACUCUGAGGUCAAUCUGGAGGAGGCAGCUGCUACGGAACCCGCAACAAUGCCUUCGGUGUCGCACUCUGAGGCUGGUCUUUCCUCUUCGUACCUGGUCGGGCAGCAGCCCGAUACUGAGCAGGUGAACCUGGAAGAGACGGCAGCCACAGAGGACGACGCCAACUCGAUCAGCAGUCGUCUUAGUUCUAGCAGGUGCCGACUCGGCAAGGCGAAACGGGACCGCCACAAAAGACGACUCACAUACGAGGCAGCCGAGGCUGCUCAAGCUCAAGCUGAGGCCGAGGCUAAUGCGGAUGCACCUAGUGACCCUGCCCUGGAGCCCGAAGGGCAAGAGGCUGUCAGGGAUCCUCCCAUGACUCCCUUUUUGAAAGAGGCUCAGGCGGCUCGUGCUGAGGCUAGGGCGACUGGCCAAGACCAGAGGCCUGAACAGCCGGCCAGGCCCAGUCGGAGGAUGCGGCGUCGUGCCAGGCAGGCGGCUCUGGCGGCUGAGGCUGAGGCUGGUAGUCCCAGUCAGGGGGUUUCUUGA